UCGUCCGAGAGCUGAGGAGCCAGGACAGAUCAACAAAUACGAGACGACGAGCAUCCAUUUUUGGAAGAAAAAAAAAUCUCCAAUAGAACAGAGAGAAGAGGGCGGUCACCGAAUCAUCGUCACCGACAUGGACGUAGAACUGACGGCGAGAAAUCGCCCGGGGUUGUUCGACGAGGAGGCGGCGGCGCUGGCAAACGAGGAGGAGAAGGAAGUCGCGCAUCAUGUGGAAGACUACCCUCCGGUGAAGUCUCCUCAGGCCGCAUGGGACCUGUUCUUGGCAGAAUCCAACAAGCUCUGGUCCGUCGGAGCUCCGAUCACGUUCAACGUCAUGUGCCUUUUCGGGUUCAACUCCUCCACGCAGAUCUUCGUCGGGCACAUCGGAAACCUCGAGCUCUCCGCCGUCGCCGUCGCCCUCAACGUCGUCUCCACCUUCUCCUUCGGCCUUCUCCUCGGAAUGGGGAGCGCGCUGGAGACGCUCUGCGGGCAAGCCUUCGGUGCCGGGCAGGUGGAGCUGCUGGGCGUCUACAUGCAGCGGUCGUGGAUCAUCCUCUUCUCGUCUUCGGUCCUCAUGUGCCCGCUCUACGUCUUCGCCGGCCCGAUCCUGAAGCUCAUCGGCCAGGAGGAGGAGAUCGCGGAGCUCGCCGGGAAGUUCACCGUGAGCAUCAUCCCGCAGAUGUUCGCGCUGGCCGUCAACUUCCCGACGCAGAAGUUCCUGCAGGCGCAGAGCAGAGUGGCGGCGCUGGCCUGGAUCAGCUUCCUGGCCCUCCUCCUCCACGUCGGCCUGCUGGCGCUGUUCUUGUUCGCGUUCGGGUGGGGCCUGGGCGGCGCCGCGGCAGCCUUCGACAUCUCGGCGUGGGUGGUGUCGCUGUCGCAAGUGGCGUACGUGGUGGGCGGCGGCAACCCGGGGUGGACCGGGUUGUCGGCGGCGGCGUUCAAGGAGAUUUGGGCGUUCGUUCGGUUGUCCUUGGCCUCCGCCGUGAUGCUUUGCCUCGAGGUCUGGUACAUGAUGAUCCUCACCGUGCUCACCGGCCACCUGGACAACGCCGAGAUCGCCGUUGGCUCUAUCUCGAUCUGCAUGAACAUCAAUGGCUGGGAAGGCAUGAUCUUCAUUGGAUUGAACGCUGCAAUCAGCAUCCGAGUCUCGAAUGAACUCGGGUCGGGCCGACCACGAGCGACCAUGUACGCCGUGAUCGUGGUGCUGGUCCAGUCGCUUGCGAUCGGGCUGCUAAGCAUGGUGCUCAUACUCGCCACUCGCAACCACUUCAGUGCGAUCUUCACAAAUGACAUAGACAUGCAGAGGGCAGUGGCCCAAAUAGCUUAUCUUCUAGGAAUCACUAUGGUUCUCAACAGCAUCCAGCCAGUUAUUUCAGGUGUGGCUGUUGGAGGUGGUUGGCAAGCUCUUGUCGCAUACAUCAACUUGGCUUGCUACUACAUUUUCGGGCUCCCGCUCGGGUUCCUCAUGGGUUAUGUUUUCCAUUGGGGAGUUCAGGGAAUUUGGUUCGGUAUGCUUUGUGGGACUUUAAUCCAAACCCUGGUUCUGCUGUUCAUAAUCUGGAAAACAGAUUGGAAGGCUGAGGCAGUCCAAGCCGCAGAACGCGUGCGAUUGUGGGGCGGACAAGAAGAUGGAACAGAACAGAAAUGAUUUCGAUCUCGAUCGGCAUAACACUUCUCUAGAGAAGAUUUGGUUUCUUUUAGUUGUUCCCUUUUUCAUGCUUUCUGUGAGAAAGAUGUCAAUGAAUGUCUUUUUGUGAUAGGAGUUAAGGUUUUGAGUCAGUGUAGGUUUUGUAUCG